CAUCUCUCUCUCUCUCUCUCUCUCUCUCUCAUGGAGAAGCAAAAUCUCUUAUGCUUUUUACUCUCCGGCUGCUUCUUCCUCCUCUCUCUUCUCUCAGAUAUCCAAGGAGUGCAAGGUUCUUACUCUCGCCACCAUAGGCAUGGGGGUGGUGGUGUAUACGGAUUUCGCCCCAAAAAGCUUUUUGUCUUCGGGGACUCGUAUGCCGAUACUGGCAACCUCCCAAAAUCAGCUAUCGAUUGGCAGGUUCCCUAUGGCAUCACCUUUCCCGGCAAACCAUACGGCCAUUUCUCUGACGGUCGCGUCCUCACUGAAUUUCUUGCCAAGUAUUUGGGAUUGAAGUCUCCAGUGCCUUACGAAAUGAGGAAAAAUAAAGCAAAACUUGCGAGGUACGGGACGAAUUUUGCGUUUGGAGGGACUGGUGUUUUUAAUACUACGGUUGCGGUUGGGGAACCAAACAUGACUGCACAGAUUGAUUUCUUCCAAAAUCUCCUCAAGGAAUCGGCUUACCGGAAAUCGGAACUUGAAUCCUCCUUGAGCCUUGUUGCCGUCUCCGGAAAUGACUAUACUACUUACAUCGCCGAAGGUGGCUCCGAACUGGGUUUUCCAUCCUUCAUUACUUGUGUAGUCAACCAAAUUGCUGUGAACUUGAAACGAAUACACGACAUGGGAGUGAGAAAAGUGGCUGUUACAGCAAUCGAGCCCUUCGGAUGCCUCCCCGAAUUCACCGUUGCGAAUUCCUUCCAACAGUGCAAUGAAACUGCAAACACCCUCGCGACACUCCACAACACUUUGCUGGAGCAAGCGGUGGCGAAGCUCAACAGUGAGAGCAAGGACCCAGGGGCAUUCAUAAUACUUGACCUCUAUGAUGCGUUCAGUUCAAUCCUCAAUCACAAAGAAACUACUGUGAAGUUUGAGAGCCCAAUAUUAAAGCCAUGUUGUUUUGGCACAGCCAGUGGUUAUAGCUGUGGGAGCUUAAAUGCGAAAGGAGAGAAGAUGUAUACCUUAUGUAACAAUCCUAACGCUACAUUCUUCUGGGAUAAUGUGCAUCCAACACAAGCCGGAUGGCGCGUUGUGUUCUUUUAUUUGAAAUCCAAGUUUGAAAAAAGUUCAUAUUAAAAAAGCAAUUCAGCAAUUCUUGUAUUUUCCUUCUUAAAAGGCUUCGGAAAUGGGCACGGCCUGUAGCAGUGUUAAUAUCUCUGCUUGUUUACUGGGAGAUUCGAUCUAUUGUACCUUCUCUUAUUGUGUGACCGGCAACAA